GGCCUCGUACUGAAGUUUUCUCCCAUAUUGCGCAUUCUCGCGGCGAAAACAAAAAUAAUAUCCGAGGAGCAGAUGUUGUUUUUCGCUUCUUCGCAGUCUUUAAAAGUUUUAUCUCAAGAUCAGUUCAAUUCAAGGUUCAAAAUUUUCUUUGCAAGAUUUAUCUGAUGUUAGCGUGAAUGUAUAGAUCAGUUGCUCAUAUAGUCGCUGUUCUCCAGGAAUGAGCAACAAAAAUCACCCAAAGAUGGGCCUAAACUCAAACGAAAGGAAAAAAGGGAAAUCUAGUGGAGAGCUUCCACCCUCAGGACGCAGCUGGCCAUUCAGACGAUCUAAGAGCAAAAGCAAGGCCACAGAGACUGGAGAUGAAGCAACGGCAACCGACGUUGUUUUAGAGGAUAGAAAAUGUCUGAUGGAAUCUGGUGAGUACCCAAGCUCCCCUAGUAGUCCACCAAACGAGAAGGCAAGCACAAUUAGCAGCGGAUCUCAAGAUGGAAGGAUGGAAAAUGAAGGUCAGGCACCAUCUUAUCAGCGUUCACAAUCUAGGGAAGAUCUGACAGAGACUUUCUCUCCUUUGACAGAACGCGAAAAGGUUCUCUUUCAAGACCUGCAAGAGUUAAAAGCAAAAUGUGCUCAAAUGGAAAAGACGAUGAGAUGGUGGUCGGAUUGUACUGCCAGUUGGAGAGAAAAAUGGGGUAAGGUUAGGGGUGAGAGGAACAAGUUAAAAGAGGAAGCGAAGGUACUUCAUGUUCGCAAUGAAACACUCACGAAAGAGUUCAACAAGACGAAAGCUGAGUUAGACGAUUGCCUUCUAGAGAACCAAUCUCUGAGAAAUGAAUUGAAUAAGUGCAAGCUAGAGCUCAAGAAACUAGACAAAGAACGACGAACAGCAGUUGUGGAGCCUCAUCUUGUACAGAUGGAAGGGGUAACUAAUGGUAAAAUGGAGCUUGUAGACUCACGACCAAACAACAGUGUAUACGCAGCCACUGUGCCGAAGUCAGGUGGAGAAAUGCAAUUUUUAGAGCAGAUUCUCGGUGACCAGAGAGGAAGUGCAAGUGAGCCGCAUGAGGUUAGCAAGAAAGAAAGAAAAGGAGAUGAAACAUCUAAGGCUCGAGAUAUCAAGGAAUACGAGAAAGCUUUUGGACAGAAAACAAGGGAGAACAUAGCACUGAGAUCUCAGCUAGAGCAAAUGAGAAGAUUCAUCCAAGAGAGAGAGCAGAAAUACAUAGAGCUCAGCUCAGUCAACGAGGGUCUGAGUGCCGAGAUUGAUAAGUUAAAAGAGAAGGGUGGAGAAAGCGAUGAAAUUGUCUUAUCUCCAGACGCAGCAGGCACAAAGGCCCAAGACAUCAAGCUAAAAGAACUCCGAGUCGAGAUCGAGAGACUUCAAAAAGAAAACGCAGAAGAAUGGAAUAAGCGAGAACAGGUGGAGACAGAAAAAUUGUCUUUGGAAAGGGAAAUCAAAAGACUUAAGGCCCAGAUUGAAGAUCUUGAAGAUGAGAUACGAAAAAAGACAGACCAGGUCGCCCAUGCUCAAAAUUCUGCCACGAAGUUCUUACAAGAAGAGCUUGAACACAAAUCUCAGGAGCUUCUCGAACUAAAAUUGGCACACAAAAGAGCUCAAAAGCAGCUGCAGGAAAAGAUUGACGAGCUGGAUCACGAGAAAAAGCGAACAGAGCAAUAUGAGGGAGAAAUGAAACUUAGAGGAAGGGUCGAGGAGCUGAAGAAGAAGUUAUGCUCAACAGAAGAAAAUGCUGAUGCCCAGUCAAACCUUGUGCGUCGUUUGCAACGACAACUUGAAGAACAGUCUCAGCAAGCGGAAAGUUUGCAAUCUGAAAUUGGCCAUCUAAGCAGUAGAUUGAAAAGGCAAAGUUUUCCAUUGAAAAUGAAGCCUGGCGAUGCAUCAGACGAAGAAGCUGAACAAAUGUAGAGAAGUAAAAUUUAAAGUUUUCCAAUUUCCUUGUGCUUUCAUGACAACUAAAACAGUUAACAAUCAACUUGGGGCUGACCCCUUGUAAUAAAAUGCUAUUUGCAUAUUAAGUAAUGCUGGUUAAUGUUUUGGUCUGGUCUCUCCCUAUCUAGGCAGAAUCUAGGUUAAUACCCACCGUUUAUAGACCUAAGCCAGACGCUACCGAAGCAAUGAGCUUGCGUACUGACAAUUUAGAGAUUUUUCGCAAGGUGUUAAGGAAUACAAUUUAGCAGACAGCCCCCUUAUUUCCAUAAAUGCCCCUGCAUUGACACCUGCAAUAUAAGGGGUCUAGAAAUGACCAAACUUCCCUUUUAGCAGAUACCUUAUCAGCAGGUUCUUAAAGUGGGCUGACUGUGAACUUGUGAGGAAAGCACAUGGAAAAUUUGCGGGUUCAUUCUAAAGAAAUUCAUUUUAUGUUUUUUGGCUUAUGUAAUAGGCCAUGUCAAAUACAGUGUACCCAUUGCCGCCAUGAAAUGUUUGCAUUUUUAGUAUAGUAGAUAUGUUCAUUGUCAAUAGUUUCAAAGAGUUCUCAUAUUAUUUUAAAUCCCAAAUCUUUGCUUGCAAAGUAUUAAGAUAUAGGUAUUCUGCAAGUAAAGAUUUAGGAUUUUGACUGUAUAAAGAGGC